AUGCUCCGUCCUGGUGACGUUCUCACACACGUCGACGAGCAGAGCGUAGCUGGGUCCUCGUCAUUAGUUGUCGUUCCAAAGCUUCUUGGACCCUGCGGGACUGAAGUAAAGCUCUCCUUCAAACGGCUUGUCAGGGAGUCCUCCUCCGUAAAGUUCGCAACUUUCUCUGUUGUGCUUGUGAGAGAUAGGCUCGAGCGAGUUCGUCAAUAUCCCGACGACGUCUUUGGACUGGUUGCUGGGAAACAAUCUUAUUACCGGCCCGUGGAACCCGUGCCGAUGAAGUACGAAGUCAUUGAUAUGAGCCCUUCCUCUCCUCGGUACUCCGAGGGGAGCAAAGAGAUCCCGUUCUUCCUGUCCAAGCCCGAUGUGAGGUCCUCCUUCACAAGGGCCAACGGUACUUCUAGCUCACAGAGCUUGGCCAACGUUCCUCCCUCGAGCAUCAGUGUUGAGGAUCCUGCUCCUUUAGUACAGCGCAGAGAUUUCAGAGACACCACAGCCAGCACGGAGACAGCUCAGAGCUAUGCUUCCCCCAAGGUGACGCGGGUGGUGGAGGAGAAGGUGAGAACGAGCCCCCCUGUGGCUGACAAGGAAGUUGCGAAGAAGGAGAACCUCCCCGAGAGGAACCGAUUCGACAUGUACGACAGAGUGAGCACAAUGUCCCCGGCACGCAAGGAGCAGCCGAAAGUCAAGAACUUCCGUGAUCUGUCUCCUGAUCCUCCCAGGAACACCACGAGGGCCCCGUUGAGGAAAGAGGACACGAAGAAGGUGGAUCCGUCCAACACCCUCUCUACGGAGGAGCGCAAGGCUGCGUCCGACCGCCUGAAAUCUCUCCUUAUGAAGGAGGAGAUGAAAAGUUCGCCUAUCAAGCUACCUGGUGUCCCAGGAGAGACUGAAGGGACUUCCAGGCGGCUGUUCAUAUCCAAGGCUGUCUGA